AGUCCAUGUGAAUUCCAAUGGAAUUCCGUUUGGAAUUUUUUAUAGGGUUCCCCACACCAAAAGUCAGCCAUGACAGGAGAUGAGAAAAGUCUGCAAAAGUCAGAAAUGUUCGCAAUCGGACUAUUUAAGUGAAAAUUGUGAAUUUUGUGGUGUUCAUCAUUUGCUGUAAUUAUUGUUUUGUGAUUAUGUGCUUAUGACAACGAUCAACUAACGAAUUCUAAUGGAUACAUUUCGUAAAUGGUUGAAUAAACCAAAGGCGGAUGAUAAGUCCAUUUUGGCGAGAUUCUAUCAUGCAGACCGAGCUCUUACAGCAGUUGCCAGUGAAUUGGACAGUUUUGAUGGGAGAGCUGAACCUGAAAGAUGUUCUCGUUUAGUUGGACGCUUGCGGCAAGGACAAGACAAAGUUCUUGCCAUAACGCAUCAGAUUAUGGACGAAUUGCUAGGCGAUGAUCGGGAUCCGCGAGCAUUUCGUGCAAAAUUUCCUGAGGAAGUGCUUCAGGAGAGUCUGGCAGGUCAAUUGUGGUUUGGUGCUGAAUGCCUUGCAGCUGGAUCAUCGAUUCUCAAUCGCGAGGCAGAGAGUACAGAGAUGCGCCCACUGGCUAAAGCAGUGACAAGGAGUUUAGAUAAUGUGAGAAAUCUAUUGCGAGAGCAGUGCCUUCGAAAUAAUACACCAAAUUCACCAACAUUAAAUUUAAAUAUAAACGACGUGGCGACGGAAACAUUGUGCGAAAGUUUAAAAAUAUUCGAUAGACUUUUUGCAGAAUUUGAAUUUAGAUACGUUAGCGCUAUGGUGCCCGUAAAAAGUAAGCAAGAGCACGAGAUGCAGGAAAUGAUAUGUGUGCUCUUCUCAGAAACUGUCCAGAGGGCACUGAAAAUUGGUUUGCUGGAUCAGGAACAGGUGGACUCAUUUGACCCGGCCCUAAUGUUUUCAAUACCUCGACUAGCCAUCAUCACGGGUCUCGUGAUAUAUGACAAGGGUCCACUGAACAUGACCAUGCCAGCUGAGCAAUUAUCCGAAAUGUUUAGGCCCUUUAGGACUCUGCUCAUUAAGAUACGUGAUUUAUUGAGAACGUUGAAUAAAAGUGAACUGUACCAGUUGGAAAAACUCCUAUGCACCAAUGAGGACAUCCACUUGAAGUGUGACUUUAACUGUGAUGAUGAAAAACUGAUUCGUGGUGAUGAAGAACUUGUGAUUAGUGAUUGUUGUAGCAAAGAAAAACUCCCAAGUUUCUACUCUGUCGUGAAUGAGGACGAAUCCGGGAGUGAAUGGCAUUCAUCUGAGGAAGACAGAGAGGACGUGGUGGGAUCCGUUGUCGUCAAAGAAGACAACGGUGAUUUGGUAACAACUGACUGUUCUUCGGGUUAUUUAAUACCUAAUACAAAUUUUGGCAAUUUACUGCAGCCAAACGACGCUCCCCUCACUGACAGUUUUAUCUCGAGUGAUGAUGAAUUUACAGUACGAGCAGCUCAGACUCAAGAUGUUGACAAUAAACCAGAGGCCACGUCGACAUCAGAUAGGCAGGAUUCGGGAAUUGGUACAGAAAAUACGAGCCUGGACCGUACUCCUGAUUCAGAGACUCAAAAGGUGGAAAGUGAGGCAGCGUCGAUGCCAUUGACUGAAAGAUACUCGGAGAAUUGGGAGGAAUUGCAACGGAAAAAAGAAGAGCAGCAGCCAAGCUGUAGUAGAUCUACAUCGGGCUCCUCUGGCGAAGAUAAAGUUCAGACCGCUGGCACGAGUCAGUGUCAAGAAGCACUUCAUAUCAGUACCACAAAGAAACACAAAGUUAACAAUAGCGGAGCACGAUCUUCACGAUCACAGAGAACCAGUCGUAGGACCGUGACGACGACAGCGUCUACCUCGGCGCCAGCUACUGGCAACUAUCUGCGUCGAUGCGUGGUCUAUCCAUCGCCUGGUCUGAGGGCACGUUGCGAUAAUACAUCGUCAAGCAGCAGCGGGGACACUUCGUCGUCGCAAUCUGAUGGAGAUUCACAUGAGAUUACUCUGGCUCUGCGAGCUGCUGGGCGCAUGAAAUUCAAGAGCGUGGAAAAUUUGCUUCAUCGCCUUUUUGUGUGUAUAGCCGGUGUAGCUGAUCAAUUACAGACGAAUUUUGCAUCAGAUCUACGCCAAAUAUUGCGCAGUGUCUUUCUUAUGAAUGAAUCUCCACCGCCAAAGGAGGAGAUAAUACUAAAUGUGCAGGAGAAGCCGAAGGAUGCAAAUGAUCUGUUUGAGUUUCGUGCCAGCGAAAGUGAUGUGGUUGUACAGACAAAUGGAGGCUCAAACCAAAGCAUUUACUCAGCCGAAGAGGUCAAUCCGGAGUUGGAUAGUGUCUUUGAGACUGCAAGAGAGUCACAGGGGACUACGGCACGUAGUGCCAGUGAGGAAAUUGACACGAAUAUGCUGACGAGGACGAAUGUGGAGAGGAGUCAUAGUUUGGGUGAAAGUCCCUCAGAUAGCUCUACAUCGAGUGCUGCCAGUCGUCAUAGUCACUCCAUGACAGAGUCUGAGGUACCAUUGCCAUCGGGGGGUGGUAUUGUAAGUCCUAGGCGCAUCAAUGUGAUUGUGGGUGAUGAUAAUGGCACAAGUGUACGACAUGGAGGCAGUUGCAGUGCUGGAAAUUCACCAGUGUCUCUACCACGGACACGCUCCUACUCCUCCAGCGACCAUUUGCCCAAUGGAGACACCAUGAGAACUGAACGUCCACCACGGUGGAUACCCGACGAGGAGGCACCUCGAUGCAUGGCAUGCAGUGCCGUCUUCACUGCCUUCAGACGCCGUCACCAUUGUCGAUGCUGCGGCAAGGUGUUCUGUGGCGUGUGCUCCAAUUCAUCCGCCCCCUUGCCCAAAUUUGGGCUCACAAAAGCCGUCCGGGUGUGUCGGGCGUGCUUUGUCCGUGAAGUGGGCACCGUAUAGGGGAGUGUCUUUCUUGCAUCUUUUAUUCGUGGUCACCCAUUCCUAACACAGAGACACAUGAUCUCGCAAAAAGUUUGUCAAUUGUUUGGACUUUUUUUUUUAAAUCUUUACGUUUUGGCAAAAAUUUGCAAAGAAAAAAAAAAGAUUUCCCAAAAGUUUUGCUAAUGUUUGUGGUUGUGAAUUGUACUCUGUUUAUAUUUUCUCAAAACUCCGAGAAAAAUACUACUUGUAAAGUUUUACACAGCUUGCAAAAUUUUCAAAAAAAAAAAAAAAUAAUAGUAAUAAAAUAACAGACUUGAUUAUUCUUCUCUUAAUUAAAUUUUAACACAGGAUAAUUUUAUUAAUAUUCUUGACAAAAUGAAAAAGACAUUAAAUCAAUGGAAUUUAUUAUAAUUUUGCCAACUUUUUUUUUAAGUAAAAUUUCUAAAAAAAAAAAAGAAAUAGCCAUGUUCUCAAAAAAAAAAAAAGAAAAUAAACGUACGCAAUGACCACAAAGAAUAAAAUUAAUUAAUAACGUUAAAAAAAAUGACGCGAUAGAGUUGUAGCAACAGAAAUUUCUUAUACAUUUUCUACAUAUGUUAUUUUUCUUGUUUGUUUCUUGAUCUUUUAUACUAUACAAAUUAAAAUUAACUUUAGCCAAAUCACUCAGAGACAUUUUUAUAGUUUUAUUAGCAGUUCAAUACGUUUAUUUCUCGAAAAACAAAAAAAAAAGAAAAACAGAUUUCCUUUUAAGGUUUUCCGCAAUGUGUGCUUUUUACAUAAAAAAUCAAUUUUUCCUCACUCGCUACAGAAUGGUAAAAGAAAAAAUAUAGUAAAAUAAUUUUCUUGAAAAUUCUUGGAAUUUCCACCUUAUUAACUGAGAAAGUUAAUUGCAUCGUGAGUGAGUAAAACAAAGGAUUUUAGUUUCAAAACCAAAAAAAAAAAAAACUGCGAAGCCCACAAUGGCUGAAACUUAAUUCAUUCCAUUUUAUUGCAAUUAAUAAAGCCUUAGUAAUGAUGAUUUAUCAAUAAAAUAAAAUUCUUGGUCGAUGUUAAUGUUUAAAAGUAAAUAACUAAUUAAAGAAAAAAAACUACAUAGAACAAUAAAGAAUUCCCGCCGCAAUAUAAAUUGAUGAAUUUUCCCCAAGAUAAAAUAAAAAAAAAUUCAAUGUGAAAGACACCGAGUUCUCCCCCACUUUUUGCAAAUAAUGAGGAAGUGAGUGUUCAAGUCAUAUUUUUCACCAUAACUGUCUGCAUAAUUUAUUUUAUCUUUUGAACUGCCAUUUGUUGUAAAUAUCAUCUGAUCUUUGAACUGCAUUGAAGAAAAAAAUAAAUAAAAGAAUGAAAUUGGCUAAAACUCUUGAAUUAUGCACAAAUUGAAAGGAGAAUUUUCUUUUAGAUGGAGAAAAGUGUGAUAAAUGUAAUUAAAAAUAAAAGAAUAUUUAAGUAAAAUAUUCCUCGAUGGUCGAUGCGAAGAUCAAUGUUCGAUUUUUUACUGCAAAAAAAAAAAACAAACAAACUUUAUGAAUUAACUGUAUCUUACAAUGAUAGAAGUAUUUAAAGUAAAAUGCAUUAAUUCUAAUUUGACUAAGGGAUUAAAUGAGAAAAAAUCAACAUUUGUGUGACAAUACUUAGCAAAAUAUAGCAAAGAAAAAAAAAGAUAAAGUGAGGAAGAUACCAUGAAUAAAUGAUGAAAAUAUCUGAGGAUUAAUGCAUACAUACAAUUGAGAAGGAAAGUUUAAACUUCAUAAUAUUUGUCUCGUAUCAAACACUAUUCAGUUCUAUUAUAUUUUUUUUAUUUCUAUUGUAUGUUUAAAACAAGAAAAAAAGCUGUUUAUUUUAGUACGACGGUUUCAAGGGGAAUUAACAUAUCCAUUUAUUUUCUUUCUUAUCACAUUUUUUUUUAUAAUAAUUUUCUCUUUAUAAUAUGAUAUACUGUCUUGUUUAAAAGCCUCCAAUAUAUAUUUUUCUUUAAUACCUUACAAUUUAACAAACUUUAUCUUUAAUUUAGUUUGAAAACUUCAAAGAAAUUGUAACAUGAAAGGAAAGAAGUUUUAAAACUAUAACAAUUAAGGAAGAAAACAAUAAAUGUAAUUUCGCUUUGUAAAUGGCAUUAUUAUCCAUUUAAGAAUUUAUCAUUAAAGUAUUAUGUAAUAAAAAAAA